ACUCAAAGUGCCGGGCAUCCUUUUUGAGUCCGGCAGUAUGCUAUCGGGAUAGAGAGAGAUAGAGAGAGAGAGAGAGCAAAAACAGCGGAGCCCUCGUGUGUGCGCCGAACGCAUAUGAGAAGAGCGCCGAGCAUCGUUCUCAGAGCAGCCCAGCCAUCGCCAUGAGCAAGCUCAGUCCCAAUGAGACUCCGUCCCCCAGUGAGAUUCCUGGCCAGGAGGGGAAAGAUAAACCCGGGACUGCCAAGAAGGUGGAAGCCGAAGAGGAGGAAAUAGACAUUGACCUGAACGCCCCCGAGACCGAGAAGGCUGCGCUCGCCAUCCAGGGCAAAUUCCGGCGCUUCCAGAAGCGGAAAAAGGACCCCAGCUCCUGAGCGUGCCGCGAUGCCGAGCCUACCUCUCUGCUCCGCUCUCUCCUCCUUUCCCGGCAACCCACCCCUCCUCCUUGCCCCAAACACUCCUCGCAAAGCCUGGCUCACUCAAUAUCGUCGUAUCUGCCCCUGUUAAGCGGGACUCGUCGUCUCUUUUGGCUCCCUCCUUUUUGCACGUACCAUAUCUUACUCAAAGCAGGGACCGGGGUGGGUUUUUUGGUGGGCGGGCAAGGGCUGGAGAGGGGGAAACAACCAACCAAGAGGGCUUCUUUAGAGCUCGUGCACAUCCCGAACCCCACACCCACCCCUUGGAUCCCCAAUAGCCAUGAUAAAGCAGCGCAGCGUUGUCCUUUGGAGAAAGCCAUCGAUGCUUUGGGGAACGUGGUGGCCUUAGGGCAGGUGGGAGAGGUCGGGGAACCGCUGCUAGAUUUCCCGUAUUUUUUUGAAAUGUCUGCACUUUGAACACUGGCCGACCCCUUAAGGGUGGCUUUACGGGUCAGUUCAUGCUUCUGCGCAUCCUUAGCCAAUUAAACCGGGCGCUCGACACAAUUGCGAUAAGACUCGCAUUUUCUCAUGACGUUUCACCCACAUCUGUGGCAGGCCUCCUCAGAGGUUGUGAGGACUGUUGGAAACUAGGCAAGAGGAGAUUGAGAAGUAUCUCCUUGGGUUGUGUGAGUUUUCUACGCUGUCUGGCCACAUUCCAGAAGCAUUAUCUCCUGACGUUUCGCCCACAUCUAUAGCAGGCAUCCUCAGAGGUUGUGAGGACUGUUGGAAACUAGGCAAGUGGAGAAGUAUCUCCUUGGGGUGUUGUGAGUUUUCCACGCUGUCUGGCCACGUUCCAGAAGCACUCUCUCCUGACGUUUUACCCACAUCUAUAGCAGGCAUCCUCAGAGGUUGUGAGGACUGUUGGAAACUAAUCAAGUGGAGAAGUAUCGCCUUGGGUUGUGUGAGUUUUCCAGGCUGUCUGGCCACGUUCAGGAAGCAUUCUCUCCUGACGUUUCGCCCACCUCUAUGGCAGGCAUCCUCAGAGGUCGCAUCCUCUGCUGCGUGCAAACGUUGCGAGCGGACGAGUCAUUUCCACUCGACAUGUGUUCAUCGUAAAUGAACUUGCCAUGUCAUGCAUUAAAUUCGAGAUGGACAAUCCCGCCCAGCGGACUAUUUUCGUGACUCGUUUGGCAAGGGCUUGACCGCCGGCUCGUGAAAUUUGACAAUAUCCCGUUAUUGCCGGUUGGUUUCACCGGGCUUUGGUGCUGCUUGUGUUUCUUAAAGGUCCAAACCAAAAAAAAUCUCAUCUGAAAAUGACAUCUAAGACCCCCCAUCUCCACCACCAUAUAAUGCAAGUCGAAACUGCAUUAUAUGGUCAGUGUGGACUCAUUGGAUGCAGUAAACUUGCAUCCAACGAGUAUAUAAAUAAAGUAUUAUUAUUACUAUUACUAUUAUAAUAAUUAUUAUUUGAAACACAACAAGUUGAGUCCACAGCAGACACUCUGCUGGCUAUUAUUAUUAUUAUUAUUAUUAUUAUUAUUACUAUUAUUAUUUGAAACACAACAAGUUGAGUCCACAGCAGAGACUCUGCUGGCUAUUAUUAUUAUUAUUAUUAUUAUUAUUAUUAUUAUUAUUUGAAACACAACAAGUUGAGUCCACAGCAGACAAUCUGCUGGCUAUUAUUAUUAUUAUUAUUAUUAUUAUUAUUACUACUACUAUUAUUAUUAUUAUUUGAAACACAACAAGUUGAGUCCACAGCAGACACUCUGCUGGCUAUUAUUAUUAUUAUUAUUAUUAUUAUUAAAAUUAUUAUUAUUAUUAUUAUUAUUAUUAUUAUUAUUAUUAUUAUUAUUAUUAUUUGAAACACAACAAGUUGAGUCCACAGCAGACACUCUGCUGGCUAUUAUUAUUAUUACUAUUACUAUUACUAUUACUAUUAUUAUUAUUAUUAUUUGAAACACAACAAGUUGAGUCCACAGCAGACACUCUGCUAGCUAUUAUUAUUAUUAUUAUUAUUAUUAUUAUUAUUAUUAUUAUUAUUAUUUCAUUAUGACACAGCAAACAACAUUAUUAUUAUUAUUGUAUGACACAGCAAACAAGAUAGAUAUGCUGGAUUUCAUUUCACAAAAUCACAAGUCGAACACUUCCCAAGUGUCUAGGACUGUGUGAUGUAUUUUCGGAUGAUGUGUGCAGAUCCCAGUAGGGUGGCCUUUUGCAGUUGGCAGAUCGUUAUUAUUAUUAUUAUUAUUAUUAUUAUUAUUAUUAUUAUUAUUACUAUUAUUACACUAGCCUUAUAGUGCCGCUCCAAAUUACAUUAUACAUGGCAGUGUACAUGAGCCAUUCGUUUUCUGAUAUCUGAACCUGGAAGUCUAAUUCUUGCAAGUUAUAUUUUUUGGGUUGCUGUGACUUUUCUGGGCGGUCUGGCCCUGUUCCAGAAGCAUUCUCUCCUGUCAUUUUGCCCAGACAUACCUAUACACGACUUGCUUAGCUUUCCAACAGACCUCACAACCUCUAAGGUCUGCCAUUCCUUAAGUAUUCGAUCCUGAAACCGAUAUGUUAGAGAUCCCGAAAUCACUGCUAUUUUUAAACGCCAAGAUCGAAGCCCGUCCUCGGGUGUCACACCAAUGGGAGAGGGCACUGCUGCCGGCACCCUGUUUUGAGCCAAAGGUGCACCAGAUCCUUCUUUGCUGAAGGUCGGCGCCGCAGAGAUCCGAACCGUUCUUGGCUCCGUCACCUUCAUCCCGCGGCGCGGCUUCACCCAGAAUGGCGAGCGGCAUCACUGUGUGGCGCAGGCAAAGCCACUCGAGGAUUGACUCUUUCCGCAUGUCAAUAAAAUAAUAAUAAUCAGGGAAAA